AUGUCCAGAAGAUUCUGGAGCCUUAAAUUAUGCUUACAAGAGUUUGAAAGGCUGUCACAAUGGAAAUCAAUAACUUGUGUAUCAAAACCUUCCGGUAACGCUAAAAAGAGAACAAAAAACCAUGAAGAUGGACGCUGA